AUGUCGGCUUGGUGCGAAGCAAAGAUCGGAUCGAUACAUCAUAGCGUGUCACCAUUUUUUAUUGUUGAGGUUGCUUCGGACGAAGCAGCUGCUCAAUUGGUUAAGCGUGCUAUUUUAAUAAAAAAUAUUUAUGAGUUAUGGGGCUCAGGUGAAACAUAUAAUCAAGUUCACGCACAAGUAAAGAAGAAUCCCGAACGAUGGGUCACAUACUCGAAUCAGACUUUUAAAUUUAUAGUGAAAGCAUUUGGUUCAACAUGUUCAGCCGAAUACCAACUACGUGUCAUCAACUCAUUUUCGUACUUGGGAUUCAAGGGUCCUAUCGACUUGAAGAAUCCACAAGUAUUAUUUUCGGUGAUGGAAGAUUACGGAAUAGAACCUAAUGCACCAUUGCCGCCAGAUUACCCUUGCGCAAUUUAUUUUGGCAGAUUUAUCGCAUCCGGAGACAGAGAUUUGAUACAAGUGUAUAAUGUAAAAAAACGAAAUUAUAUUGGGAAUACCACGAUGGAUGCGGAAUUGUCGUUAAUAAUGGCAAAUCAGACACUUGCAGCUCCUGGUAAACUUAUUUAUGAUCCUUUUGUGGGUACGGGCAGUUUCCUCGUUACAUGUGCACAAUUUGGUGCUUAUACCUUGGGCUCGGAUAUUGAUGGAAGGCAAAUUCGCGGACAAGGAAACAAAUCGAUAAAAACUAAUGCGCGACAGUAUAAUGUUCACGAUAGAGUAUUUGAUAAUUUGGUCUUUGAUAUUUGUCAUCAUCCGUGGCGCGAGAAUUUAUGGUUUGAUGCAAUCGUUACUGAUCCUCCGUAUGGUGUACGAGCAGGAGCAAAAACUCUUGGUCGUAGACACGAAAAGAAACCGACAAAACCAAAAACGAUAGACGAGUUACCAGCUUAUAAUCGCGAGAAUUACUAUCCGCCUACAAAACCAUACGAAAUGUCCGAAGUUCUUGUAGAUCUUUUAGAAUUUGCUGCGCGGUUCUUGGUAGUUGGUGGACGGCUUGUGUACUGGCUACCGACCGUUGUCGAAGAGUAUACAAGUGAAGACAUCCCAAAGCAUCCUUCCAUGAAAUUGAUAUCCAACAGCGAACAAAACUUUGGCGCCUGGAGUCGUCGAUUAAUCACGAUGGAAAAAUAUCGAGAAAACAUGACGGGUAUUUAUCACGCAACGGUUAACAAAGACUACAAAGGAUUAGAAAGCAUUUAUCAGACAGGUGCUGGCAUUGGCAUUGAUGAAACUGGGAACUCGAAUAAUAACUCUAAAUUUAUUAAUACUAACAACGGUGAUGAUUAUAUUGAUCACGAUGAUGAUCAACGUAAACCUGGGCACUAUCUGUUUAGACAAAAGACACCAAAGCUUCUUCCCAGUAGUUUAGCCACUACUGAUAAACAUCAUAAAGCAUUGGACUCUUACAUUGGGUAUAUUGAACCAAAAACUUUUGCAAAUCAAGUUUCUGUGCUCACGCGUCCACAGCAAAGACUUCGUCGCCCUUCAAACGCUAUGUCAUACUCUCCACUUUUAGUCAACGAAAUGGCAUCACGAACGACAAACUACAAUUCUUCGUACUAUAAUGGUAACAAUAAAAUCGCUCACGUGCCAGAGGCUUCAACAACGGCCACCAAAGCAUUUCUUGAUAUUCUUGCGAAGCAUUUGCGAAGAUGCAAAAAAAAGGAUGAAAAUAAUGCUUGCCUUGUUGACUCGUUUCCGCUGAGUAAAUUAUCUUCAGUUGCACCCAGGAUUUUAGCAAUGGUUGAUGAGAAUUUGGAUGACGAGCAACUUCGUUUGUUUGACGAAAUAACGGAUGCUGCUAACACUGCUUUGGAUAUUGCUGAAAACGACAUGAUGAUUAAUAAUGAACUAGAUAAAAAUGUUAUAUUACAUAUUGAUGAUCACGAUCAAAGAGGUGGUGACAUUCGAGAAGCAUAUCCGAUUCCUUCUGCACCGUUCUUGAUGCUGAUUGGCGAUUUGGAUAAUGAACACGAUGAUGAAAUUAUGGCGGACUAUUGGGCUGAUCUUGGAGUUGAUGAUGGACAAUCCCCGUCAUUUUCUUACGAAGAUGAGGAAGAUCCGAUUAUGGUUUGA